AUGGCUCCUACGGACCUCAACACUUCGGCCACCGGCAGCUACUGCACCACCCCGGUAUGUCUCGAGAUCGCCUCAAACAUUCUUGAGAAUCUCGCGGUCAACUAUACCGAAGUCGAUCCGUGCACAGACUUUGACAAACUGGCAUGCGGGGGCUACAAGUCCAGGCAUGCUCCGGCGGCCGGCGCGGGUAAGGCAUCGACAUUGGGCGAUGUCGGCGAUGAGGUGUCGAUCGUUUUGAAGAACAUUUUGGAGGGCGGGUACCAGUCGGGAGCGAACGCGGGCUUCAUCACGGCGUCGUUGCCCCAGGAUCAGGUUCAGACGGAUAAAGACAACUUCAAGCUCAUUGUCGACGCGUACAAUGCCUGCCUGAACACCACCGAGGUUGAGGCGGCGGGACUGACGCCGUUGAUAAGCUUCAUCGACCGUAUUGUGAAGGCCUUCCCUGUAUCAAGCGGUGGUAAAGAUCCCCAGCGGAUGAUUAGCAAAGAUGAUGCUCCUGAAAUGGGCAAGGCUUUGCUGUUAUUCUCCGAGUAUGGAAUCAACACGUUUGAAACGCUUGGCGUGGACUGGGAUGACCAGAACCCCAACAAGACGAUCAUCUCCCUCCUCCCCGGCGGCACGUCGAUACUGACCGGCCGUGAGGACAACGAGACAGUUACAAACUACCUCAAAAUCCAGGCGUCGGUUCUCCAGGCAGUUCACCCCGCGAACAUCUCGCAAGCCGACUCUCAAAGGUUAGCGGUGGCGGUAACUAAAUUCGAGAAGGACCUCAAAAAGGUGCAGCAAACUGAUGACAGCAAAGAUGCCGACGAUAAACCACUCAAGAAGAUGAAGUUUGAAGAUGCCGUAAAGGUGGCCCCUGAACUUGAUCACGGCUCCAUCAUCAAGGCUCUUGCGCCUGAGGACUACAACCCAGAGCAUAUCGUCUUCUCGCCAGCCUACUUCGGCAAUCUCUCCUCGCUCCUCGCCAACACUAGCGCAGAGGUAGUACAAACCUUCUUCGUCUGGAAGGCUACCACGACGCUCUCUAGCUAUGUCGAGGCAGAAGCAACGGAAAAUCUCAGCGACUUCCGCUCAGUCCUCCGCGGUCUCGACCCCGUCGCCGUUGGAAAGCAACCACGAUGGGACCGGUGUGUCUCUGACGUCGACUCCGGCCCGACAUGGACCAGCUUCCCCGCGGGUCUCGGCUGGAUCCUCAGCCGCUUCUUCCUUGACAAGGCCUACUCCAGAGAAGCGCGCGAGCUGACCACCUCUCUCAUGGGCUCUAUCCAGGGCACCUUCAUUGCCCGCCUCGGCGAUAAAGACUGGCUCACUGCCGCCGUCAAGAAAGUAGCCGAGGAGAAGGUCAACGCCAUCUCCAAGAAGAUCGGUUACCCCGACUCCUCCCCCGAGACCGUCAACCCAAAGAGUCUCUCAGACCACUUCAAGGGCGCGACGAUCAACACCUCCUUUUUCAACAACACGCUCUCCCUCGCCGCCCUCUCCACGAAACGCACCUGGUCCUACCUCGGCAAACCCAGCGACAAGGCCCUCUGGCUCAGCACCCCCUCCCAGACGAACGCAUACUACUUCCCUACGUACAACGACAUCGUCAUCCUCGCCGGCAUCCAGCAGAAGCCCCUCUACGCCGUCGGGUACCCCUCCUAUAUCAACUAUGGUGGCCUCGGCUCCGUCCUCGGCCACGAGCUGACCCACGGCUUCGACAACAGCGGCCACAACUACGCCCCCAACGGCUCCCUCACGAACUGGUGGGAUGACAGCAGCAUCAAGGCCUUCGAGGAGCGCACAAAGUGCUUCGUCGACCAAUACCAGAACUUCACCGUCACCGCGCCCAACGGCACCCAGGUGCCCGUCAAGGGCAACUUCACCCUCGGCGAGAACAUCGCCGACGCGGGCGGCGUCGCGACCUCGUACGCCGCGUGGAAGCGCGCCCAGGCCGACGGCAAGGUCCAGGACUUUGACCUGCCCGGCCUCGAGCGCUUCUCGCACGACCAGCUGUUCUUCCUCAAGUGGGCGCAGGCGUGGUGCGACGUCUCGGCGACCAAGGCGUACGACGUCUACCUGCUCAGCAACGACGUGCACUCGCCUGGGUUCGCGCGCAUCAAGGGGCCGUUGGAUAAUUCGAGGGAGUUCAGGAGGGCGUUCAAUUGCCCGGUACAGAAGCCUACCUGUGAGUUGUGGUAG